GGUCAAGUUUCUUAUUCAAGUCACAUUCGUAUUUCCCACAUAAAGUUGCAAUCAAUUUGCUAUUUCCAUCUUGAAGAAUUGACCAUAUUCAUUGCUUGAACUGAAAUUAUACAGUAUCCGAUGAUUUCAGGGCAAUCAGGAUCAAGAUCUGCUAGAAACUGAGGACGAAUGCGGUCGGGAGUUAGCCGGCAGCAAUAACAACAGAUCGUCGCCAUUGUCUUCCGAGGACGAAAGUGACGUGGAGAGCUUGCACAGCUUCCACUAUUCACCGAAAGCGGUCGACAUGCCGUCGGCCAUACGAUUGGCCAAACGGCUGUACAGUCUCGAUGGUUUCAAGAAGUCGGACGUAUCUCGACAUCUCAGUAAAAACAAUGAUUUCAGCAGGGCUGUGGCAGAGGAAUACUUGAAGUAUUUCGAUUUCGAAAAGGACACGUUAGACAUAGCUUUAAGAAAGUUCCUUAAGCAGUUUUCUCUUACGGGGGAAACGCAGGAGAGGGAAAGGGUACUUGUACAUUUUUCUAAAAGGUACCUUGACUGCAAUCCCGGAUCUUUUAAUUCUCAAGAUGCGGUUCACACGUUAACAUGUGCCAUUAUGUUGCUCAACACUGAUCUACAUGGGCAGAACAUCGGCCGCAAAAUGACCUGUAACGAAUUUAUAGAAAAUUUGGCUGGUCUGAACGAGUGCGAAAAUUUCCCUAGGGAGGUUUUGAAGCAGCUGUACCACGCCAUCAAGAAUUAUCCUCUAGAGUGGGCACUUGAUGAGGAGAAUGAAGAUGGCAAUGUGCAGUCACAGAUGAGGAACAACGAUGUGAUCAACCUAGGUGGAAAUCCAUUCUUGGAUGUGCCCAAUUUCCGCGAACGCCAUAGAAUACAAGAAAGGCUACGUGAUGCGAAAAUGCUGCUACGAGGCGAACGCUAAAGAAAUAUAUAGCUGUCGGGCCGAUCCCACACUGACAACUCACCUGGUAUAAUGUGAGUCGCCAAUCAAUGUUAAUGUCAGUCUGGCGAUACUCUUCAAAUAAAAGUGAUACGGGUUUACGACUUCUCCAGUGUUUUAUUGUUUAUCGCAAGUUGGAUAUCAUUGUUGGACGAAUUUGUAUAAUAGGAUAUUGAAUUACCAGCAGGAUUAUAUAUCUUCUUUAUUACCACUAAUUGUAUUCCUUUGUGGAGAUUGAAGGAUUAUUUUCAAAAUUUUCCAUUCAAAACAGGAAAUAACUGACCCAUGUAAAAGUUUCGAGAGGGAAGGUUGAAAGGGCCAGUAAUGUAAAUGUUAUGUUGUCAUGCUAAUGGUUGCAAUAAAGACAUUAUUAUUAUUAUGAUUAUGUAUGGGGCUGCGAGACAUACUUAUUUUCUGAGGAAAUGUAUAUAUUUUGCAAGACAUUAUUACAAAGUAAUAUUUAGCACUCACCGCCGGGCAUAAUUCCUGUUAGACGGUUUGAACAAGGUGUCAAGACCAAUUUAUUCGAUUAGCACUGAUAGCUCUGUGUACAAAAUAGAUAUGAAUGAUUUUUUUUUAUUAGACUUUAAAACUUUUGCAAGAU